GGAGGCGGCGGCGGGGCAGCGCACGGGGCCGCUGAGCCGGAGCCGAUCGGAGCGGGACGCCAAGGAGAGGCGGCCGGUGCCCCGCCGGCGCUGAUUUGGAGCUUGGGGGCGGGGCUGUCCCGGAGCGUUGCCGCGGGGUGAGAGAAUGAAGAAGCCGGCCGGGCAGCAGCAGGAUGGGGCGGCAGGACCUGCCCCGUGCUGACGGGCCCCCGCCCAUGCUGCCCUGGCCGCUGGCCCUGCUGGCCCUGAGCGCCUGCUGCCGCUGCAGCGCCGUGCCCCAGGGCCAUGCAGCCCCCGCCACGCCCUCCUCUUCCUCCUCAUCCUCCUCUCCCUCGGCCCGGCCGCCUCUCGACUGGCUCCUCACCGACCGGGGACCCUUCUACCGAGCCCAGGAGUACGUGGACUUCAUGGAGCGCUACCGGCAGGGGUUCACCACCAGGUACAGGAUCUACAGAGAGUUUGCCCGUUGGAAGGUGAAUAAUCUGGCCUUGGAGAGGAAAGAUUUCUUCAGCCUCCCACUUCCCCUGGCCCCCGAAUUCAUCCGCAACAUCCGGCUGCUGGGGCGGCGGCCCAGCGCGCAGCAGAUCACCGACAGCCUCAUCAAGAAGUAUGGGACACACUUCCUGCUGGCUGCCACGCUGGGAGGAGAGGAGUCCCUGACCAUUUUCGUGGACAAGCGCAAGCUUAGCCGGAGGGCAGAGCCCGCGGCUGGGGCUGGGAACAGCUCGGGGGUGUCGCUGGAGACCCUGCACCAGCUGGCAGCCUCCUACUUCAUCGACAGGGACAGCACCCUGCGCCGGCUGCACCACAUCCAGAUCGCCACGGCUGCCAUCAAGGUGACAGAAACACGGACAGGGCCACUGGGCUGCAGCAACUAUGACAACCUGGACUCGGUGAGCUCUGUCCUGGUGCAGAGCCCUGAGAACAAAGUGCAGCUCCAAGCUGGCCCAGCUCGGGCGGGCCUGGGAGAGCCACCACAGCCAGUUCGAGGAGUCAGAGGAGUUUCAGGCCCUGGUGAAAAGACUCCCCACGGACCGUUUCCUGAACAGGACAGCCAUCUCCCACUUCUGGAGCAUGGAUCUGGAUGUCCAGCACCGCUACCAGCAGCUGGGCACCAGCCUGAAGCUGCUCUCCAGGAAAACCUUCCGGCUCAUCCGGCGCCUCUUCAACCUCAGCAAGCGCUGCCACCGCCAGCCGCGCUUCAAGCUGCCCAAGGAGAGGUCCCUCCCUUACUGGUGGAGCCGUGCACAGUCUCUGCUGUACUGCAGCGAGACCACCGUGCCUGGGACCUUCCUGGAAGAAAGCCACAGCUGCACCUGUCCCUCAGAGCAGCCCUCCUGCCAGGGCUCCAUCCCGUGUGCCUUGGGCGAGGGGCCAGCCUGUGCCAGCUGUGACCAGGACAACAGCACCCGCUGCGGGAGCUGCCACCACGGCUACGCGCUCACCCAGGGCUUCUGCCGCCCCGAGGUGGCCGACUCCCUGGAGCAGUACCUGGGGCUGGAGACGGACCUGCAGGACCUGGAGCUCAAGUACCUGCUGCAGAAGCGGGACAGCCGCAUCGAGGUGCACUCCAUCUUCAUCAGCAACGACAUGCGCCUGGGCAGCUGGUUCGACCCCUCCUGGAGGAAGCGCAUGCUCCUCACCCUCAAGAGCAACAAGUACAAGCCCGGGCUGGUUCACAUCAUGCUGGCCCUGUCUCUGCAGAUCUGCCUCACCAAGAACAGCACCCUGGAGCCCGUCAUGGCCAUCUAUGUUAACCCCUUUGGGGGAAGCCACUCAGAGAGCUGGUUCAUGCCUGUCAACGAGGGCAGCUUCCCAGACUGGGAAAGGACUACCGUAGAUGCCUCUGCCCAGUGCCAAAACUGGACCAUCACCUUGGGCAACAAGAGGAAGACCUUCUUUGAGACGGUGCACGUCUACCUGCGGAGCCGCAUCAAGUCUCUGGAUGACAGCUCCAACGAGACAAUCUACUAUGAGCCCUUGGAGAUGUCAGAUCCCUCCAAGAACCUGGGCUACAUGAAAAUCAACAGCUUGCAAGUCUUUGGCUACAGCCUGCCCUUUGAGCCGGACGCUAUCCGUGACCUGAUCCUCCAGCUGGACUACCCCUACACGCAGGGCUCCCAGGACUCAGCCAUGCUGCAGCUGCUGGAGAUCAGGGACAGGGUGAACAGGCUCUCGCCCCCUGGCAAAAUCCGCCUCGACCUCUUCACUUGCUUGCUCCGGCACCGGCUCAAGCUGGCCAACAACGAGGUGGCGAGGAUCCAGUCCUCCCUGAGGGCCUUCAACGCCAAGCUGCCCAACACCCUGGAGCAGGAGACGGGCAAGCUGUGCAGCUAACACAGCUGGCAGCGCUCACACCUCGGCCAGGGGCUGCCAGGACAGACUGCCUGGGGAGGAGAGAGAAAGAACCACCCUAAAAAUUGAAAUCAAGGCCUUACCUUAGUGCCAACUGCGUGCUUCCAUGGUACACCCAGCAUCUGGCCAAAGAGACACAGGGCUCGGGCGGAUGGAGAAUGCCAGUGGGACUGAGGAGGAGGAAUGGCUCAUGGCAUUGUGAACUGGCUCCAAGUGUGGGAACAAUGCCACUGUGGCUGGGGAGGUGUGCCAGCAGCCCAGGGGGUGUGGCUUGCCCUGAGGCAGCUGCUGGUCCCACCAGAGCAGGUGCUUAACCCACCCUAAGGAUCCCCCAGCAGCGGCCUCCUUGCCACCCCAACUUUUGUAGUCUUUUUAAGAGGUUUCUACUGGCACCUUUGCAUCCCCCACCAUCCAUCCUGCAGCCGUGGCCUCGCACACGGUGCUGCUGGGGGCCCACAGCACAGGCCCUGCAGACCCUGCAGGUCUCCCCUGCGGCCUCUCCACGAGCACCCCGUGUCUGCUGCCGUGCCGAGGCACCGUCUCACCCCUUGCCUGGAAGGACCUGGCACCUGCCCAGGGAUGCUGCCAUCACAGACACCCUCUUUUGGUGUGGCACAAAAAACCUGUGGGCCAAGGUUGCCUACAAAACAGAAAAACCAACAAAAAAACCCCCACCCUAAUGCAAAAGAAAGAAAAAGAAAAUGUUUUAUUUAUGUAUUUAUUUAUUUGGUUUGUUUGGGACAGGUUUUUUUAAGCCUAUUCAGUUGGGGAGUGUCAUUUCUUGUCAGUGGCUUCAGCCAAGAGACAUCUUAGUAAAAUGUAUCUGUUUAAUAUA